AUGAAAAAUCCGACCUUAUCGCUCCUUAACGCUUUCCGCUCGCCUUUAUUCUUCUCUCUCGUUUAUCCUGCUUCCAGCAAAGCUCGGAAGCCCAUGCAUAACCACAAUCAAAUCCGUGGCCUUUUCUGCACUCUGAGUUCCAUGUCGCAAACGCCAAGGAGAGAUACUUCAUUCCGCCAUCUUUAUGAGCCCAUCGAGGCAAUAGAGAAAUUGGAAAGCUACAGCGUGGGUGGCUAUCACCCCAUAGCAAUCGGGGACCAAUUUCACGAUCGCUAUCGGAUUGUUCACAAGCUCGGCCACGGUACAUACUCAACGAUCUGGCUGGCUCAAGAUCGAAAAUUCAAUAGAUACGUCGCGGUCAAAGUGUGCACUGCAGAUUCGAAUCCACUCGAACUUGACGUACUCUCUGAUCUUUCUAGCCCACAACAAAGCCAGGGUACCAGCCUAGGAAGGGCGAUGAUUCCUUCGGUAUUGGAUGCAUUCAAUAUCCACGGUCCAAAUGGGACGCACGCCUGCUAUGUGACUACUCCAGCAAGGAUCAAUCAUAUAAUCGCCUUUUUCAACUAA